AUGUCAAACUCAGAUAAACCGCCGCUACGACCUCCGCCACGACGACCGAAAAGUGCAAAGACUGUCGUGAUCCGGUCGGUCUGGGCAGACAAUUUAGAAGAAGAAUUCAAGCUGAUCCGAUCCAAAAUAGACAGCUACCCGUUAAUCUCAAUGGACACGGAGUUUCCCGGUAUCGUCGUCCGUCCUGCCCCUGGAGAUCCGUACAACCGCCAUCGUGACCCGACGGCGCACUACCUGAGCCUCAAAGCAAACGUUGAUCUCUUAAAUCUGAUCCAAUUUGGACUCACGAUCGCUGACGAGGAUGGGAAUUUACCCGAUCUAGGGUUUAAAGAUCGCUGCUUCAUCUGGGAAUUCAAUUUUAGGGAUUUUGAUGUGGCCAGUGAUGCACAUGCGCAUGACUCAGUGGAGUUGUUGAGGCGACAGGGCAUUGAUUUCGAGAAGAAUCGAGAGCUCGGGAUUGACUCGGUGAAAUUCGCUGAGUUGAUGAUGUCCAGUGGGCUCUUGCUGAAUCGGUCAGUGAGUUGGGUAACGUUUCACUGUGCUUAUGAUUUUGGUUACUUAGUGAAAUGCUUGACUCAGAAAGUGUUGCCUGAGGGCUUAAAUGAGUUUUUGGAAAUAGUGAGGGUGUUUUUUGGCGAUAGGGUUUAUGAUAUAAAGCAUAUAAUGAGGUUUUGUGGGAAUCUAUAUGGUGGGUUAGAUCGGGUAUGUAAGCAAUUGGGUGUGGAUCGGGUUAUAGGGAAUAGUCAUCAAGCCGGCUCAGAUAGUUUGUUGACGUUUCAUGCUUAUAUGAAGAUAAAAGAUAAGUAUGUUUUCGAGGAUAAAGAUGAUGAUGGAGGAUUUGAGAAGUACGCCAAUGUUUUGUAUGGUUUAGAAUUGUUUGAUUGA